GUUUGUCUCUUCCGGAUAUAUAAAAAUGUCGGAUUUUUUUUUAAAAAAUUACAUUAGUUUUGGUGCGUUUAGUAUUCAAUUUCGUCGACCCAAAUCAAUAUAGGAUAGAUAGAGAGUGACUGAAGGUCAAGGAGAUAAAAGCAAACAUGGCGAUUGUUUCUGUCUCUAACUCUUUUCUCACCUUCAAUUCUCCUAACCAGCUCCGACUUAGCCGAAGAAGAUUCUCUGCCAUGGCUACUUCGACUACUGGAGUGAGAGUCGCUGAAGGAGAAGGCAAUUUGCCAAAACUAGUCCUUACUUCUCCUCAGAACAGUGAGGCUGAGAUAUACCUCUUUGGAGGCUGCAUUACAUCUUGGAAAGUUGCCAGUGGUAAAGAUCUUCUUUUCGUCAGACCAGAUGCUGUCUUCAAUAAGAUUAAGCCCAUUAGCGGAGGGAUUCCACAUUGUUUUCCUCAGUUUGGACCUGGACUAAUUCAACAGCAUGGGUUUGGAAGGAACAUGGACUGGUCUGUUGUCGAUUCCCAGAAUGCUGAUGACAAUGCUGCUGUUACUCUUGAGCUUAAGGAUGGUCCCUAUAGUCGAGCCAUCUGGGACUUUGCUUUCCAGGCUCUAUACAAGGUCAUUGUUGGCGCGGACUCUCUUUCCACUGAGCUAAAGAUUACAAACACAGACGAUAAACCAUUUUCUUUCAGCACUGCGUUGCAUACUUACUUCCGUGCUUCUUCCGCAGGGGCCUCCGUGAGAGGUCUAAAGGGUUGUAAAACUCUCAAUAAGGAUCCUGACCCUAAGAACCCAAUAGAGGGUAAAGAAGAAAGGGAUGUAGUCACUUUUCCUGGAUUUGUGGAUUGCGUCUAUCUUGAUGCUCCUAAUGAAUUGCAGUUUGAUAAUGGCUUGGGUGAUAAUAUAAUCAUCAAAAACACAAAUUGGUCGGAUGCGGUCUUGUGGAACCCACAUACUCAGAUGGAGGCUUGCUACAGAGACUUUGUGUGCGUGGAAAAUGCAAAGCUUGGGGAUGUCAAGCUAGAGCCGGGACAGUCUUGGACUGCAACACAGCUUCUCAGCAUCAGUUGAAAACAAUGUACUUUACACUAUUAUAAUGUCGAGUUUUAUUUCCUCUCCAAAUUUUACCAGUAGUCCCCACAACUGCAUUUCCCAUCUCUGAAAUGAUGGAACCUUGUCCUAUCUCUCAUUACGAUAUCUCUCUUGUAUAUCUUAGAGAUGAGUUUCGUUA